GGCUGGUUAUGUCACCCUGGGCCUGGCAUGGCGGCCACCUGGGUCCUGCCUCCUCCAGGCUACGGGUGCACACUGGGCAUGCGCGGUCCGGGGCGGCCGCCUGGCCACUGAGCCCCCAUCCCUCGCCCCCUCCCAUCUGCAGUCAUUAAAGCCAAGCUGAGGCUCGGCAGCAGAGGCCGAGCUGCCUCCCUCACGAGGCCCAGCCAGAUGCUGCAGAACAAAGGUUGUAGGUUCCUGAAUUGGGGGGCCCGGGCCUUGCGCCUAUUCUGAUGGCCCCGGAAUUGGGGUCCCGCAGCCCUAAGUGGGGGUCCUAGUGAGCAGCAAGGUGGAAUGAGGCACAUCAACCUGUCGUUCGCUGCGUGCGGAUUCCUGGGCAUUUACCACUUGGGGGCAGCCUCGGCCUUCUGCAAACACGGCCAGAAGCUGCUGAGGGACGUCAAGGCCUUCGCGGGGGCUUCCGCCGGGUCCCUGGUGGCUUCGGUCCUGCUCACGGCACCGGAGAAAAUAGAGGAAUGCAACCAGUUCACCUACGGGUUCGCUGAGGAGACGCGAAUGCAGUCCUUCGGGGCCGUGACGCCCGGCUACGAUUUCAUGGCCCGACUGAGAUGCGGGGUGGAGUCGAUCCUGCCCCCCAACGCCCACCAGCUGGCCCACGGCCGCCUGCACGUGUCCAUCACCAGCACCCGGACGGGGAGGAACUCCCUGGUCUCCAGCUUCUCCUCCAGGGAGGACCUCAUCCAGGUCCUGCUGGCCAGCAGCUUCCUGCCCCUCUACGCAGGCCUGAAGCCGGUGGAGUACAAAGGACAGACGUGGGUGGACGGCGGGCUCACCAACAGCCUCCCCGUCCUGCCCGGGGGCCGCACGGUCACCAUCUCCCCCUUCUGCGGCCGCCUGGACAUCUCCCCGCAGGACGAGGGGCAGCUGGGCGUCUCCGUCAGCAUCGCCAACCAGGACAUCCUGGUGUCCCUGGCCAACUUGGUGCGGCUCAGCCAGGCCCUGUUCCCGCCGGGCCAGCGGGAAAUGGAGUCCCUGUACCACCGCGGCUUCCGGGACGCCGUCGGGUUUUUGCUCAAGGAGAACUGGUUCGAGUAGAGGGCCCCCAGUCACGUCCCGCGAUUGCUGGGACCGGUGAUGAGAUUUCUGUAAGCCGUCAGAAUUCUGUCACAGUUACCCGUCUUGGUCACAGUUUGCGUCAUUUUGAAAAGUUAAAUGUUCACUGGCUGCAAAGAAAGACGAGGCAUUUCAUGAGAAGGUGGCGACGUUAUUAAGGGCACAACCCGGGCUGCACUUAGCGCAGAUGAACUCCCGCAGAACACGGAGACCCAAGCCAACCUCGAAGCCUUGGGAAUGAGAAGUGAAUCCCGCCCUCCCAGUCGGCCAGCGUGGCUCAGGGUUCGAUUCCCGAUCGGGGCACAGGCCCCGGUUGCAGGCUCCAUCCCCAGUCGGGCGUGCGGGAGGCAGCCGAUCGAUGCUUCUCUCUCCUCAUAGAUGUUUCUCCCUCUCUCUCCCUCUUUCCCCCUCUCCCUUCCUCUCUGAAAUCAAUAAAAAAAUAUUUUAUUUUUAUUUUAAAAAGAAAGCGAGUGCUGAUGAUCAUUCCUUCAUGAGUUCCCAUUCAUUUAGCAGGUUCGGACUCGAAUCUUCCGUCUCUUUCCCUGGGGUCUGCGAGCGUGACUCCUAACGACUAAGAGGCAGUGACCAACGAGCCCGUUUUCGAGGGCCGGCCCUUCCGGGUUAUGCACCUGUCUUUUCUGCCGUCUGAAACCAUCCUUUCGAUCAAUGUUAUGGCCCUUAAAAGCCUCCGAUACACGGCAUUGAGCACCCGCGCCCCGACCGCUGUCUCUCUUCUCCGGAUCUGGGCACAGGCUGGGCAAAUAGCGGUGUUCCCUGGCGGGGGCCCGGCUUCAUCUGGAAGGUC